AUGGCAGGCCUUAGCACCAGUGCAGGGCCUCCUGUUGUAAAUGUGUACCAUGAGAAAUCCAUGAUCCUACCGGAUGUGUCGAGGGUGCUGACAUGCCUGUACGAGAAAAAUGUCAAAUUUGAGACAUUCAAAGCCUCUUACAAGGACAUACUCAGCCUCCAGGCGUCCAGGAGUGUUCCAGUUCCGUUCUACGAUGGACCCAUAUUUCUGCAAGAUUCAAGAGCAAUCUGUCGCUAUAUAGCAGAGACCUACGAGCAUCAAGGGUAUCCUUUCCUUCUGGGAAAGGAUGUCCUCGAGAGGGCUUCAAUUGAACAAUGGCUCCGGAACGAGGAGCAUGCCUUCGAUCCUCCGAGCCGGGCAUUGUUCUGCCACCUUGCCUUCCCACUGGAAGCCGAGGAUGAUGACUAUGAUGAAGACAUCAACAGAGAGAAGCGGAAGCUGGAGGAAGUCCUAGAAGUUUACGAGCAGAGGCUUGGUGAGAUCGAGUUCCUUGCGGGGAAUAAAUUCACCCUUGCUGACCUUGUUCACCUGCCAGGCACCCACCACGUCAUCACAUCCGAGAGGUUCGCUUACUUGUAUGACUCGAGGAAGAAUGUGCAGAGGUGGUGGAACACAAUCUCUGCCCGUGAUUCCUGGCAGCAGGUGCUGAAGGACAUGAAGGCUGUGGAGGAGGAGCACAGAAAGGAGGAACUCAAGAAGGAGCAGCAACAAUGGCAGACACAGUAUUUGCAGCAAGAGGGUACAAAGUCACAGACAGUGCUUGUUCCUCCUCCCAGCACUGGAACCAUCAUAACCUCCAUUCCAUCAGCUCCACAAGAACAUGAAACUGCCUCUGAGCUUAAGCCUUCUUCACCUAUCCAAAGAAAUGAAGGUGGCUUCUUUACAACCACUGAAAAACAUCCACCAACAAAAAGGCAGAGAGAUCCUAACACUCAGAAACCACCUAGCAGUGUCCAGAACACUAAAAGUAGCUUCUUCCAGCCUUCCACUACAACUACCACUACCAAGAUGGAUCAGAGAAGCGAUUCAGAGAAUCCCAGCCAGAAAGGUGCCUCAACUCCUAGCAAAACCAGUCAAAGGCAAGCUGGUGCCCUAGCUGACACCAAGAGAGCAACUGAAGCUGAUCAAGAUAGGGCUCCAUCUCCAGCCCAGAAAUCAGGUGUCCAGGAUGUCCAGAAACAAGCUAAGGCAAUACCUACUGAGCAGAAAGUAUCUGGCACAUCACCAAGGCAAGUAGAAUCUGAAGAAGAUAUUCAGGAUGGCACUGAUGGAGAUGAAAGAUUCUCAACUAAGAGGCUCCGGAGAAUGUUUAAUCCAGAUGCUCAAGGUUCUCAAGACCCAACCAUGGAGGAGGAAGCACCUGUCAUCAAGGAUCCUUCAGGUGUGCAUAACAGAGAAAAGCAAACCACAACAGUCCCAGCCAACAAAAUAACCAGCUCUCCAUCAACAGGCACAAGAGCCCCUUAUACUCCAGAAGCUGCUAAAGGAGUGCCUUACAAUGAUCGUGCUACUGCUAGGCCAGGAUAUUCACAAAGCAUCCAACAAGUACCUCCUCCUACUCCUACCAAUGACAAGUUGGCCAAACCAGAAGGUGUUGACAUAAGAACACCACAACGUGCAUCGCAGCAAAGCCCAGCUGAUGCUAAAAGUGGUCCAGAACUAAUGCAAGGAGCUGACCCACGUGCUCGUAUUGUCAGUGAUGAACAGAUAAAGAAGAGUUCCACCAUGGGCGAAAGAGCUCCAGAGGCUACAAGGAAAGGUUCUGACAGUCAAGGUACAUCAGCAUCAGUCCAAAAAGCAAUUCUUGAUACUUAUGGGAAGCAAGCACCAGCUAGCCAAAUCCCAGGUGUUCAAGAUACUGGUGACCGUGACACAAACAAAAAAUCUAUUGUCGGCAAAAGGGCAGCAGAACCAACUUCAGGAACCCUCGGUGAUAAAUCAACCAAAGCAGCAAUGGUCGAUCCAAGUGCAGCAUUUCCUGCACCAGUGCGAACACAAGCUUCUGUUGGACAAAAUGCUUCUGUAGAUCCCAGUGAAGGUAAUCUUGAUGAGAAUGGCAAGAACAAGGCAGCCAAAUCAUCUUCUGAUGAUCCAAGAAGCAAGCUCCUAAUUACACCAGGAAAGCUAGCACCAAAUCCAGACACACAAAACCGUGCAACUUCAGGCCAAUUGUCGAAACCAUCACCACAAUUAUCUUCUUUAUCUAAUACAAGGAACGAGAAGACCAGUAUUGCUGAAACCAGUCAAACCAGUGUGGUAUCGCCCAAUAGGCAACCGAGUGGGCAAGCUCCCAGGAAUACUGGAGUACUUUCUUCUGUGCCUCCACGAGUGAAACCACCUGAAGAUAAUAAUAAGGGUAAAGCAUACGAGGAAGAAGCAGUCGAACAGGUAGCAAGAGAUCAAUCCAAGGCUCAGCUAGCUGAAAACAAGAAGCAAGGUGAUUAUGCAGCACCAGUCACUAGAAUUGGCAAGAGCAAAGAGGAAGAUUCCUUGGCAGAUGCCAGUAGCUAUAACAUGGGACAAGCUCAACCAACAACAACUGGUGAACCAUCCAAGCUACAGAUACAGUCUGACCAGAACAAGCCUCAAGCAUCUAAAGAUGAUGGCAAGCAAACCGACGAGACAGCAAAUUCUCCUACCUUAGCAACAUCCGAAGAAGUAUUGCUUUCAAACCCUGAGAAGAGCAAGCAACUGCAAGGAGACAAGUCUGCUAUAACACAGCAAGAAAAUGUGAAGCAGGGUUCUGAAGCUGCAUCACUGGGGUCAGGAGCAGAGCAGCAAAGGAAGAAGGAUCUCCCCACAAAUGCUGAUAAGAACUAUGAGAAAAGUUCAGAAGUUAUUUCUGAAGAAAAAAUCACCUCUGAUACUCGGCAAGUGAAGAACAGCAGAAAUGAUAGCACAUCAGAUAGGUCAAUCAAACCCAGCCAGUCAGAGGGUAACAAAGAUAAUCUUCCUGAAUCAGAGAGACGCGGCACAUAG